AUGGCACAACAAGGAGAUCAGAUUAGCCCGAGAAAACUCUGCUGUUUGAUCUGUCUGGAUCUACUGAAGGAUCCGGUGACUAUUCCCUGUGGACACAGCUACUGUAUGAGCUGUAUUAAAAGCCACUGGGAUAAAGAGGAUCAAAGGCAAAUCCACAGCUGUCCUCAGUGCAGACGGACCUUUGUACCGAGGCCUGCUCUGGUGAAAAACACCAUGUUAGCAGAUUUAGUGGAGGAACAGAAGACGACAGGACUCCAAGCUGCUCCAGCUGAUCACUAUGCCAGACCUGAAGAUGUGGGAUGUGAUUUCUGUACUGGGAGAAAGCGGAAAGCUGUCAAGUCCUGUCUGCAGUGUCUGGUUUCUGCCUGUAAGCAGCACCUCCAGCCUCACUAUGAAGUUGUUCCAUUAAAGAAACACAAGCUGGUCGACCCCUCGAAGGAGCUUCAGGAGAACAUCUGUACUCGUCACAAUGAGGUGAUUAAGAUUUUCUGCCGCACUGAUCAGCAGUGUAUCUGUUAUCUGUGCUCCUUGGAUGAACAUAAAGGCCAUAACACAGUCUCAGCUGCAGCAGAAAUGAGGAAAAAGCAGCAACAGCUCAGUGUGAGAUGGCAACACAUCCCUCCGAGAAUCCAGAACAGAGAGAAAGAUGUGACGGUGCUUCAGCAGGAGCUGGAGGCUAUCAACCGCUCUGCUGAUAAAGCUGUGGAGGACAGUGAGAAGAUGUCCACAGAGCUAGUCCAACUUAUUGAGAAAAAAAGGACAGAUAUGAAGCAACGGAUCAGAUCCCAGCAGAAAAGUGAAGUCAGUCGGGUCAAAGAUCUUCAGGAGAAGCUGCAGCAGGAGAUCACUGAUCUGAGGCAAGGAUGCGAUCAGAUGAAGAAGCUUGUACAAACAGAGAAUUACACCCAGUUUCUGCGGAGCUACCCCUCACUGCCAAACCUUACCAACUUUAAGGAGUCAUCCAGCAUCAAAAUCCACCCUGUGCGACACUUUGAGGAUGUGACUGCGGCUGUGUCAGAAGCCGGAAAAAAACUACAGGACACUUGUAACAAGGAAUGGAACAAGAUCUCAAAGACAGUGACUGAAGUGGAUGUUUUACUUCCUCAAAAUCCCCAGACGAGAGCUGAAUUAUCACAAUAUGCAGUUCACAAGAAUCGGUUCGAACUUGAUCCAAACACAGCAAGCAUGCAACUGGUAUUAUCUAAAGAGAACCGAAAAGCAACACUGAUGAGAGAUGAACAGUCAUAUCCCGUUCAUCAAGACAGAUUUAUGAGCAGGUCUCAGGUUUUGUGUAAAAAAAGUCUGACAGGUGGACGUCAGUACUGGGAAGUGAAGUGGAGUGGUUUAGGAGUUUCAGUAGCAGUCGCAUACAAGGCCAUUGCCAGAACAGGAGAUGAAAGUAGGUUUGGUGAAAAUGACAAGUCUUGGACAUUAGACUGUGUGAAGAAAAGUAUGCAUAUGACUUACGAUUUCAAACAUAACGGUAGCAAAACUACCAUCACAAAACCUCUGUCCUCCAGAGUAGGAGUGUUUCUAGAUUACAAGGCAGGUAUUCUGUCCUUCUACAGCGUCUCUGAAACUAUCACUCCAAUCCACAAAGUCCAGACCACAUUCACUGAGCCUCUCUACGCUGGACUCGGUGUUUGCUAUUUUGGAUCUACAGCUGAAUUUUGGGAAGUCAAGCAGGCAAGAGUUGAUGCUGGAGUUUUCCCUCCAAACAACAGUUGUUUAGAUCAGCAAACAGAGGGGGCUUUUGCAAAUUAGAUAAAGGUUGACUCAGCUCAAAAUGGACAAAAUGUGACCUUUUGUUUGGUGUAUAUAGUUGUGCUAAAUUUCCAUAUUUGCAUUGUUGCUGUCAUAUUUUCUGCCCUGUUUGUUUGUUUGUUAGGGCUUCACUGAGCAGCACUGCAAGUCUUCUUCUGUUAAUCACAGCUGACUAGUUGAUUACAUGUUCAUUCUCACAUUGUCAGAGUAUUCAGAAGAGUAGAGUUAAGUUUUUGUUUUUUUUUUAAGAUAUUUUUUGGGGCAUUUUUAAGCCUUUAAUCAAUAGGACAGCAAGCAUGAAAGGGGAGAGAGAGAGGGAGUGACAUGCAGCAAAGGGCCACAGGCUGGAGUCGAACCCGGGCCGGGCGCCUGCUCUACCACUAAGCCACCGACGCCCCAAGAGUAGAGUUAAGUUUUGAUCAUUUUUCUAAUUCAUCACUAGGGAGAUUAUUUCUUUCUUUUUUUACCAUACUGUUGCUGUGUGUACAGUAAAUAUGUAGAUGAAAAGCUACACAUGAUUAAGUCCUGUAGAAGAAUUUAUUGAUUUGAUAUAUGAACAAAGUUGAUUUAUUUUCCUUGAAGUAAAGAAGUGUGUUUGUUCCAGGAGUUUUGUAUUUUUCAGUAGUUUAUUUCAUUUCAUUUUAAAUUUUUGAUUUUAUUCAGUUAUGUACCAGUUAGUUUUCAGAGUGGCUUUUUGGUUUAAGUUUAGUUUUUAUUGCUUAAAAAUGUAACGUUUAAGUCUAGUUUUUAUUAGUUUCUGUAUUAGUUUUAGUUGUUGUUUUUUUAAUAGUAUGAGGGUAUUUGUCUGGGGCAAGAUUUCUUAAAUCUUGCCCCAUACAAUUUAAACAAAUUGACAAAAACUAAACCCUAAGACAUUUCCUGUCUAUUUUUACUUUAUUUCAGUUGGUUUUGUAAAUACACAAUAUUGCUUCAGUUAAUUUUUUUUUUUUUUUUUUUUUUACCAAAACCGUAAAACUGGUUUGAGUGACUCAUCAAAGGAAUUACUGAGUACUGGAGAAGGAUUAGAUAAGUGUAUACUUCCUCCUACUGCUGUUCAAACAUGUAAGCUUUAAUUUGUGUUGUCCAAGAGAAUUUAUUCAUUAAGUAAGUCUGUAUAUGGGUUUAUUGUUCAUUUAAUUUUAUUGUUGUUUUGUUGUUGUUUUUUGCUUUUUUUUAUGUUUAAAAUAAAAUUCAAUUAAACAAUUUUCUUCAGACAAUGGUUGAAACAAGAAACAAAACUAAGAGAAACUGAGGUGCAAAAACUCAAAAAGAGAUAAAGUUGGUAAUCUUGCAACGUCUAAACACAUGUUAAAUCUGUAAUGAUAAAUGGAGAUGAUGAGCGUCACCAAGGGAAAGGGAAGCCAGUGGGGACACCUUGUGGUACAACACAAUCAUGACAAACACUUCUGUGUCUUGCAUUGUUUCACUCACUUGACGAAGCUAAACUACAACAAAAAAAUUUAAAAGCAACACUUUUGUUUGUGCUCCCAUUUUUUACAGGUUUGAGCCAAAGAUCUCAGACUGGUUUUUAUGCACUUGAUAGAUAUUUCAGAUUUUGGUGCUACAGAUGUCCCUAAUGCUGACUGCAGGAGUGUCCACCAGAGCUGUUGCCCCUGAACUCAAUGAUCAUUUCACUACCAUAAGCUGUUUCCAUUGUCGUUUCUGUGAGUUGGUAGCACAUUCAACCAGCCUGAUUGUGACCAUCUCGAGGCACACCUGUGUGGUAAUGAUGCUGUUUAAUCAGCAUCUUGUGCCGCACCUGUCAGGUGAGGGGAUUAUCUUUAAAAAGGAGAUGGGCCAAAUUUUGACGGAAUUAUACGUAUUGUAGAAGGAGUCUUAUGACAAAGGAUCAAUCUUGCAGCAUUUACGGGAUUUUAUUCCAGACACACAUACAGAUUUCACAUAUCGCAGCAAUGAGACAGCCUCGUUGAGCAGUUCACCGAUCAUUUUUAUACUCCUAUCUUCAUCGUACUUGGCGUUCUACCACACUUUGUUCUGCCAACGACAUCUAUUUCCCCAUCACAAUGUUUCUCCAUCACAAUGUUUGCCAGGUCACUCUGCUCAAAGACUCUUCCCCAGAGUGAGACCAUUCAGGGUUGCUCAGUUUUAAUAAAUAUGUUGUGCUUCUAACUUGACCUUAAGGGUCAAGUAUUUCUAGGCCUUUUCCCCACCACAGUUUUGAGCGCAUAAAAAAAGUCUUAGAUCUUUAACUUAAACCUGUGAAAAAUGGGAGCAAGAACGAAAGUUGCAUUUAAAUUUUUGUUCAAUACAAAUAUGUUUAAUUUAUAUGACAAUGAUCUUCUUUUUAACAAAUAACAGUAAUGGGUUAAAUGAUUAAAACUCUAGAUUCUCUUAUGACCAUUGGGGAGAAAUAAGUCACUGCUGAUGAGUCCAAAACUGAUGGAAACCAUUAGGAAACUGUGAUUGCAUUAACUAAACCAUGGGGUUCAUUUCAUUUACAGAAUUUCUGCAAUUUCUGGCAUUGCAGAAAUGUACAGUGCCAACAUUUCUUCUGGCGAUUGGGAUGACUCUUGAUCAGUUGAUGUAUUUCAUCACACUGAUUCAAAAAUCCUGUUAAUCCAUCAUUACCACAUGUAAUGAAGCCCUGCCUAAUGAUGACAUAUGUCCAUGACAGUUUCCCAAAGCUGAAAGUGACACCUUUGUCUCACCAACAGUCCACAACCAAAGCUGGAACCAAAACUUUCGCUUGAUUCGUUAUUUAAAGAUCGAUUUUCUAGUUCUAAUUUUAGUUUUUUCUUCUGUCGAUCAACUCAUACUCAUCUUCAUCGUUCAAACUAAGUACCACACAUGUUCACUGGAAUGAUGGGUGGCAGUCUAACAUCUCUGCAAAUUGAUUUUAACACUACAUUGACAUUAAUGGAAACCAGCUGGUGCCAAUAUGGUUGAGCCCCAAUUUGUUUUCAUGUUGUGCACACAAUUUCUGCGUGCUCACAUUAUAUUAAUUAGGAUAUUUUUAAAACAAUGUUGUCGAGCAUUACAUAGUAACAGUCUACAGUCGUGAUUUGCUGCUUUAGUUUGUCUUAUGUGACAGUAAAUUAUAAAUCUGAAUAUCUUAAAAGUACUUUGGUUUUGGACAGUUGGUCGCACAAAAGAAGUCACUUUGGGUUUUAGGAAAUUGUGAUGGCCAGUUUUCACAAUUUUCCAAAUUUUUUAGACCAAAUGAUUAAUGGAAUAAUUGAAAAAAUAAUUAGGGGAUUAUUUAUUGAUGAAUCAUUAGUUUCAACCUUCACCCAAAGACAAUACAGCUGAAAUAUUUUUCAAUUCUAAUAUUUAUAAUGUAUUACUUAAGUAUAAUACAUUACGCAAAAUAAUGAUUUAAAUUAAGACAUCUGUAAUCAAGAAGAAGUAAUCAAGACUUUGAUUUUUACCUGACAUUUAAUGCCAACUUUUGCUAUUAGACAUUUUUCAAUACUUUACAUUAUGGACACUUCUCGGCUGGUACAAAACAAAGUAUUGAGGUUCAAAAAUAUGGAUCUAGAACAGUGAUUUUGGCGUCAAAGAUCAAAUUUGGAAGAUGAGAAAUAACAGGCACUUAAAUUGAUUUUUAUUUUAUUUAUAACUCUCUGCAUUUCAGUGUGUUUUUC